UGAAGUUCGGCUGGUCGUAAACUCUUUGUGGCCGUUUUAUUUUAUCCCCAACAUGAAGAGUCUUACUACUGUGGAGUUGAUGCUAGAUCCGUUGUAUGAGGAUGAUUCUUUAUACGCGGCACUGCAGGAACUCCCCCACCUAACUGAUUUACAUUUUCACGAUUUUUCCGAAAAAAACGUUCACAAGGUUCGGUAUUUGGUUAAUCUGGAUAGACUGGUACUUCAAAGAGGAAGAAAGGAGUGUCCAGUCGAUAUCAUUCAAAUAUUCAACUCGCUUAAGAAACUUCGUAAUUUGUUCCUCGAGUGUGACGAAAUAUCUUGCAACACCUCGUCUCAAAAAUCAACAUAUUCUGCUCUUAUAAAAUUGGAAUUAAUUGUCGACAAGGUACCAAAUCUACCGAUUUUUCCAAAUCUACGAUAUAUGUACGCUUUAUCCGACAAAAACUUCAACUGGAACAAAUGGAUCAUCAGUCACGCAGAGACAGUUAAGAUACUUUAUAUUCAUUAUAAUAGUAGACUGCUCGAAGCGCUCGAAAGAUGCAAAGUACUGCGGGAUUUGGGCGUAUUCGUUAAAUCUUCUGAGAUUUCCGAGGAACAUUUGAGCUUACUUAUUGAUUUCGGGCGUCGUAAUGUGAGCUCUUUAUCAUUGGCAGUAAAAAACGAGGAGGAAUAUAAAACCAUAAAAAAACGUUUGGAAGGCCUCCCUUAUUCUGCUAUUUGCAAGGUACAUGUAGAACAUACGUGUGCGUAAAUAAAAGAUUCAUUCCAUUCGCAGUUUGAAGACAUCCCAAGUUUAAUCCGUUCAAAAAUCAUAUUCCAUAAGAAAC